AUGUCAAAACUCGCUGAAGUGAGAAGUGAUGAGGAGACGUUUGAUAUGUUUGCUCACGUCUUUUCAGGGCGUGCUCCUGUGACCAUUAGAAAGAGGGGCAUGGCCAUCCUGAAGCUAUGCGACCACUUGGAAGACAAUCGGUUGGAGGCCUUUCCAAUGACCGAGAUCACUUUUUACAGGUAUUUGUGUUCGGAGUCUGCUCAGGGUGCGCCACAUAGUCGGUUGCAGGGGCUUUUGCAAGCAAUUGCAUUUUGCAGGCAUGUUUUGGACGUGACUGAACUCCAGGUCAUUCUGAACAGCAAGCGAUGCAGUGGAGCAGCAAGGGAGACGAACUUGAAAGAAAGAAAACAGGCCAGCCCUUUGCUGGUCAGUGAACUGCUCAAACUACACUCCAUUGUUGAGGAGUCCACAGAUGCAUGGGAUGCAGUGUUUGCAGGGGCCACGUUGUUGUGCUGCUACUGCAGGGGACGCUGGGGCGAUUUGAUGAGGAGCGAAAGAGCGUUCCUGGAUUUUGACGAAGACAACAACCCAGCUUAUGUUGAAACAAGGACUGGUCGCCACAAGACGAUGGCUGCUCAGAUGCACCGGCACCAGUUUUUGCCGAUGGUAGCUCCCAUCAUGGGGGUCAAUGGCAAGGACUGGGCCACACCUUGGAUGGACAGGAGACGGGCUCUGGGGCUGACACUUCCACCAUCUGGAUUGAUCAUGCCGGCGCCUGACAAGAGUGGGGAUGCAACUCAACGCCCCCUGGAGUCUGGUGAGUGUGGCAAGUGGCUUCGCAGGCUGCUCAAUCAUGGAGCCGCUGGAGAGUCGCAGGACGAGAGGCGCAUUAGCAGUCACAGCCUCAAAUGCACGAUGCUUUCAUACGCUGCUAAACGUGGUUUAUCAGUUCCAGAUCGUCUCAUGCUUGGAUACCACUCAUCUCAGAUGCACAUGGCCAUGGUUUAUUCUAGGGAUGGAGCUGCAGCCAGCCUCAUUUUGCUUGAGCGCCUGAUCAGGGAAAUUGCCGCAGGAAAGUUUCGACCUGACAGCACCAGGAGUGGGCGAGUGGUAGAUUCUCCCAUCGAACAGUCAACGGCUCAGAUUUCAGAAGUGAAAAUUGAAACUGUUUUGUCAUCAGAAGAGGAUGUUGCUGAAGAACAUGACAUGUCGGAUUCAUCUGGCAGCACGUCAAGUUCAGAGUCGGCCAGCAGUGAGAUCCUGGAGGGACACAGCCUCAACAAGGUCUUCACUCCGCCCCAGCCUCCAGAGGGUUAUUCGAAGUGGCAGCAUUCCAAACUCAAAACAGUUCAUCUGACUGCGACUACAUUGAUGAUAGCGUCAGUCAAGCAGAAAGUUGACAGUGACGCUGCUGACAAAGUGGACAGUGUGAAGAAGGUUCCAAUAGCUGAGAAGAAGUACCGCCUGGAGCAACAGGAAAGGUGCACAAAGCGGUCAGAUGAGAUUCAACUGGCCAUCAAGGACAGGCCUUCAGCAGUGCAGAUCGAGAAUCAACAGCUGAAAGUUGCGCAAGUUGCUGAUGAGUUCAGGGCUGACCAUGGGAGCGAAAUCAAGCUACAGUGGUGCUGGCAGAGACGAGGAUUAGCUAUGGACCAAUGCAGGUUGCUGUCAUGGGCAGUGCACGAUGCUUGGGUACAUCAAUUGUUUCGCACCCUGAGCCAGCAGCCACCCCCUGGUUUUCAGGCUGUGCGCAUGGAACAACUCGUGCGUGCUGACAGAGAGAUGUGGACAUUGAUAGCUCAAGAAUGCAAGGGCAGCCUCAAACCUGAUGCAGCUGGAAACAUACCCUUGGAUGCAAUGUUUCCUCGGUUCAGCCAGGAUCCUCGCAUCACGAUGUUCCUGCUGCCGACUACGGCAGCUGCCAAGGCGGCCGCAUCAACAACAGACAAAGACACUGGACCCAAGAGGCCUCCGCAGCAAGCGGCUGCAAAGAGCGCAGUUCCAAGCAAGAAACGCAAGACGCGUGCUGAAAGGAGCUGCCCAGAUGAGCUGAAGAAGUUCAAUCUACGUUGUGACCAUGGUGCAGCAAGGGCUUCCAUGUUUGUGCAAACUGCCACAAACCUGGGCAUUCAGUGGUGGUUUGCAGAGGGCUCUCCAAGCCCGACAGCGCUUGACAAAGCGCACCCACUGGCCAAGCAGAUCGGCCAGGGCAUACAGGCCUCACCGUUUGCACCUUUCUACCGUGAGAAAUUUGCGGGCAAGCUUGUCAGUGAUUUGAUUUUUGUUGAAAUUUGUGCUGGAAGUGCGAGAUUGACACGCACGGCAAGGGAUGCUGGUUUUACAGGCAUAGCAGUGGACCAUUCAAACAGCAGGUCCUGUGGCAUUGACAUUUGCAUAUUUGAGCUGGAGGACCAGAAACAAGUUGACGAACUUUGUGCUUUCCUAACAGCGGAAGCUGAGAACAUAGCUGCGGUGUGGAUCGCACCAUCGUGCGGCACGGCCAGCAAGGCCAGAGAACGCAGGUUGCCGCAGUUGAAAAAGGUGGGCAUCGAAGUGCCUAUCCCACUCAGGUCUUUAGAGCAACCUGACCAGCUAGACGGGCUGGAAGGAAUUGAAAACCCUGGCAAUAGUCACUAUUGGAACACGAGUCCGAUGCGCAACAUCAUCACUGAAUUUGGAGAACGUUUUGAAGCGGCUUAUCCACAAGUGCUUUGUCAACGCAUCGUGGAAUGCAUCAAACAACAAGUGCUCAGUUUUGGCGCCGUUGUCUCCACAACUCUGAGUGAACAAAGCAUAGACAGCUUCUUGGACGGCCUACCCAAAGGCUCCAAAGUGACUUCACGACAGUUGGUGAGAAGGGGUGAUCUUCGGGUCGUUCAUGAACAGUGUACAUUUCUUGCAGGCGCAGAUGCUGCUGCACCUGACGACAUGGUCGAAAAGUGCUGGAUUGGAGUGCCUAGCGAACCAGCUUAUUUUGUGGAGAGGGCGUUGAAAGCAGGGCAUCCCAGAGGACUCGAUGUCCACAUUGAUGAUGCUAUGAGAGAUGUUGUCAAGUGGAACUUGCUGGAUCCCCCCUACAUGCUUGCAAAAAGGCGGGUAGAUUUCUUCAAGAAGUGGACGGCUAGAGCCAAAGAGCUUGCUCCAGCGGAGGAUGCUUUGCGACAGCAGAUGCCUGAGCAUGUGCGCACAGUCUUGGGGCACAAACGUUUGGUUUUGUUUGGCGAAAUGCUGAGCGAUUUGAAAUAUCCAGACGAAAAGCUGGUGGAGGACAUUGCUGCAGGUUUCAGACUCAGUGGGUACAUGACAAAGUCGCACGUUUUCAGGCCAAAGUCCAAGCGGCCAGCAAUGUCAGUUUCCACUCUCAAGAAAAUGAGUCGUGCUUUCAACGACAGCAGUGUUGCGUCCCUGAGCAAGAGACAGGAGGACGAGUUGGAAGCAGCUACAUGGGCGGAGACCGAGUCAGAGAUCACUAAAGGUUGGGUCUUCCUCGACGAGAGCGACUCGUUGGAGGGCAAGCAUGUUGGCAAACGCUUCGGGAUCAAGCAAGGUCAAAAGAUCCGUGUGAUCGACGAUUGCACCUGUUGUGGACUGAACUUGACAGUGGGCUUGCAUGAGAAGUUUAAACUGCAUUCAGUAGAUUUUUUGGCUGCUUUGUUUGGCUUUGCUUUAAAGACGUGCCCCCCGGAGUUGAGGCCUCUUGUGAAAGGACGCACAUACGACUUGCGUUCAGCAUACAAACAAUUUGCUGUUCAUCCCGCUGACAGGGAGACCUUGCGGAUGGGAGUCAACAGGCCAGGCUCCGACAGGUUUGCAGUCAUCGGAUUUAACUCACUGCCAUUUGGCGCAGUGGGAUCCGUAGCGGGCUUUCUUCGGAUCAGUCAAGCCCUAUGGUUCCUGGGUUACUUUGGAUUGGGCUUGUUGUGGAGUGCUUUUUACGACGAUUACACCCUGCUUUCUCGAAGUGAACUGGAAGGUAGCAGCAGUUGGGCCUGUGAGAGCCUUUUCAACUUGUUGGGCAUGCAGUUUGCGACAGAAGGACACAAAUGCCUUCCCUUCAGUGAUGAAUUCAAGACGUUGGGUUUGUCGAUCAGUACAAAGCAGUUUCAGGAAGGCGUAGUCCUGGUUGGACACACGGAAAGCCGAAAGCAAGAGCUGUGUGGUCAGUUGGAUGACCUCCUCUUGAAGGGUCAGCUGGGCUCAAAGGAAGCCGAGCGGUUGAGGGGCAGGAUGAUUUUUUACGAGGGGUUCACCUUUGGGCGGAUCGCAAAUUCAUCGGUGAAGGCCUUGGGACGUUUCUGCACCGGGCCUAGUCAGACAAGGACGUUGGACGCUGGGAUGAAGCGCUCUCUGCAGUUUUUGCGAGAGCGUGUGCUUACAGGAAAACCCCUGGCGAUAGAGCGAGGGCUACAUUCAACAUGGCUUGUGUUCACGGAUGGCGCUUGCAAUCCAGAGUCCCAGACGGGGUCAGUUGGAGGUGUGGUUGCUGACCCUUCAGGUCAAAGCUUGCACUUUUUCGGCGAGGAAGUGCCACAGCAUAUCAUGCGUGACUUGUUUGCCCGAUCCUUGAAUCCCAUUCACGAGCUUGAAGUCCUCCCCGUGCUCAUUGCUGCAUGCCUGUGGGGCCAUCUUUACACCAGUUCACAGGUGGUUUACUACAUUGACAAUGAGUCAAGCAGGAUGGCCUACAUUCGAGGCGACGGUGAGACUGUGCGCUCGAGUGCCAUCAUCCAGUCUUUCGUCAGGACUGAAGCUGAGAUGCAGCAUCGAGUUUGGUUCGGUAGAGUGCCGAGCUUCAGCAAUCCAGCAGAUGCACCAAGCCGCCUCAGCUUCGCAGAAGUCUUGGAGUUAGGAGCAACCCGAACCAAUAUCAAUUGGGAGGAGGUUUCUCAACACCUUGGACUUGAAGUGGGGCGAUGA